UGUUGCCGGAAAUGUAUGUACAACCAAUCAAUGUAUCAAUUAUCUCAAGUGCAAAUUGAUUAUUAUCACGUGAUGUGACCAGUAUUUUAUUUGUUGACAGGACAACAUGGCGAGUAAUGGUGACGAGUAUGACACUAGUUGGGUUGCUGAAUUAAAAAAAGCUUUAUUAGAGGACUGCAAGUUAGAAAAUAUAAAAAAAGUAUGUCAAGGAAAGCCCCUUCCAGACGCAUUGAGAUCAGAAAUUUGGCAGAUAUGCCUUUCUGUAAGUACGAAAAGUGAUGAAACCUGGGAUGAAAUAUUUGAUUUACCCAUCCAACCUCAGAUCCGAAAAGACUGCCAAAGCUUAGUUGACAGAUUAGGAAAUGAAGAUGAAGACAGAGUAUCUGUUUUGUGUGAUUUAGAGUCUGUAAUUACACGCUAUUGUCGACAAUCGGGGUAUGACUACGAAGAUAAUUGGGUUUAUGUUCUGGAACCUCUUGUGGCUCUUCGACUUCCCAAAGGAAGAUUAUAUUCUUUAUUUCAUUCAAUUCAUCAAAAAUUUAUUCCUAAAACAGAUUCCAGGUUAUCUAGUCCUUUUCACCUUUUACGUCUUUUACUGCUGUAUCAUGAACCUGAGUUAUGCUCCUUUUUAGACACCAAAAAAAUUACACCUGAAUGUUACGCAAGGAAUUGGUUCUGCUGUUUGUUCUCUUCCACCUGCUGUCUAAAAGUCAUCCAUAUUAUGUGGGACAUUUAUUUUCUUGCAUCUGAUCCUUUUUUAAUUUUUUACCUUGCAUUAGCUAUUGUGAUAAAUGCCAAGGAGCAACUUCUAGAAAUGAAAGGAGCAGAUAAGCAGUCAAUAAUAGAUGAAUUGCAAUUAAUUCCUUGUCAACUAGAUGCAAAUGACAUUGAAGACUUUUGCACUGUUGCAUUUCAUUAUAAGAUGUGUACUCCUCCUUCUUUCAUUCAGGAAUACUAUUCCAUAAUAUAUGAAGGAAAUGUCGACCCCGAGAGAGAAAUGUUCCUUUCUCAAGCGCUUUGCCUGCCAGUGUCCGUAUCAGAUAUAAUAUCAAGAAAUUCUGUUAAGACAGAAGAAAUUAUAAAAUACUUUGUCGUUGAUUGUCGUCCUGCCAGCCAAUACAACAAUGGUCACUUAUCCACUGCUUUCCAUUUGGAUGCAAACUUAAUGCUGAGGGAGCCAGCUGCAUUUGGGACUGCAGUUGAGGCAUUGUUUGCUGUUCAGAAACAGGCCAACGUUGCUGGUUCUGUAGCUGCUGGGGAACAUUUCUGCUUCAUGGGAAGUGGAAGGGAAGAAGAAGAUCAGUACGUACACAUGGUAGUCGCUAGCUUUUUGCGGAAACAUCACAGCUAUGUUAGUCUUGCUCAAGGCGGGUUCUCAGCCUUACACAAAAUCAUUCCGUCCAAUGAACUGAACUCUAUGCUGUCUUUUCAUUCUCCAAAGGGCUGCCUUGUCUGCUCAUCUGAAAUGACAAUCAACUCCGAAAACCAAGAGAAAGAGAUAUCAAUAUUUGAUCAGCUGGCUUCUGCUGUGAAAUCCAAGAGUUCAAUUGUAAAAGAAAAACUAGUCGAAUAUAUUACAAAUCCUCAGUCAGAGGAAGACAGGCAUGUCAGCAGUAGUGAUAAACUUGGUAAGCGUUACAGAGGAAUGGCUCCUGUUUUUAGCAUUGGAGAUGAUGAAGAAGCUGAUAGGUAUACGGAAUCCGAGGAAGAAUCCUAUGAGGAAGUUAAUAUUCAAACUUGGCUGAAAAAACCUGGUGUUAUAGGAACAUUUGUUUGUGAAGAAAUUAGAGAUAUGGAAUGUAAAUAUCCGAGCCACCUAAUUGUAACAGAAACACAUUUGUACAUUCUGCGUGCAAACCAACAAAAGAAAGGUUAUGCAUAUAUUGUUGCAGUUCGACCUCUCUCCUCAAUAGUCAAAAUCACCAGCAAACGGAAGUGUCCAGAAUGGAUUACUUUUGCAUAUGGCCAUAUUGAAGAAGAUGGUAUAGCCAUAAAUUCCAGGGACCAUCUCCUAAUUCCCAAAGCUGGUGAUGCAACAAGCCUUAUCAAGUACAGAAUCUACGACAUCAGCGUAGUACAUUCCUCCUGAAUGAGAAAACUGUUCACUGUAGCACAUGUGUAUAUAUGUCACUAAAGGAAACAUAACUUAUUUUUCUCUUUUAAUAUAUGCUUAUUUAAAUAAAAGAAAUAAUAUAGUUA